UUACGCUGCUUCUGCUUGUGUCAAACGAAGCUUGUAAAAAAUAAAGUGCCUACUAUGAACGAAACAGAAUUAGAGAGGCCCCCUCCAAAAUAUAUGGAAAUUGUCAAUAAAUUGACACUGGCAGAUGCAAAGGAGGCUGGACCUUUUUUAGAUGGGUGCAAGGUUUAUCUGAGUGGAUUUACUCCUGAUGUCUGUGAAAAUCUUAGCGGGAUUCUAAAUGCAGGUGGAGCAACAAGAUUAAAUGAACUUUCAGAUUCAGUAUCCCACAUUGUUGUUGGUGACCAUGUACCUGGAGAUGUAAAUUACCGCAAGAAGAGUGGAAUCAGACCACAUGUUGUAACUGUUGACUGGUUGCUUGAGAGCAUGAAGCAAAGGCAUCCUGCACCCGAAUCACAUUUCUUGGUAUUUGUGAAGCCUACUGAACUACCAUUACGAUUGAGCAGAAAGCCUUUGUCCAAGAUUAAGGGCCAGUCGGGGGAAACAUUUGGAGGACUAAACAUUCCAAGAAAGCGCAAGGCAGAAGAUUUGCAGCCAAAAGAUGGUGAUAUCUUGGCUUCCCCACCUGCAGCAACACGUGUUCGUAUCUUCUCACCUGUAGCUGGUACCUCAAGGGACAAUGUGCAGCCAGAAAGUAGUUCACAGACUGGAGUGAAACAAUCACCCAAAAUACUGAUAUCGUCCAUGAAAGACAAGCGUGCAUAUGUCAAAAUGAUCAUGGACCUGGGUGGCAUUGUGUCGUAUAAAUCUGUCUUUGAUCCCACAACAACGCAUCUCAUUUGUUCCAGGCCAGGAUGGUAUAAAAAGACAGCAUGUUGUAACCUAUUGCUUUGUAUUGCAUCUGGGAAAUGGAUAUUACACAAGAGCUUCAUAGAUGCAAGUUGCCGAGCAGGUACUUUUGUUGAGGAAGAGGAAUAUGAGUUUGGAAACCCUAAAGCAGAAAAACUGUGGGGCAAGCUGCAACCCAGAAGUAUGCAAAUGGCACUGGCAAAGGCAGGUUACAGGUGGCGACGUAAACUGUGUGGCGGUAACAGCGGGCCUUUCACCGGCAUGAAGGCCAUCGUAUGCACAAAACAGAAGAAGGCGGUUCUUCUUGCCCAGGUUAUCAAGGCAGGAGGUGGAGAGGUGCUGGACAUCAGGCCACCGUGCAAAGAUCCACAGGGAGCGACACAUUGCUUUGCUGAUAUUAAAGAUUUAAGUGAACCAAUUGAUAUGGAAGCCUUGAUUAAGAAUAAAGUACCAUGUUUGUAUCCUGUCUACAUCCUCGCUUACCUUGUAAAAGAACCUCCACCAGAUGCUAAAAGAUAUAUCCUUCCAGAAUACAAAUGGAUAAUGGCACAGCUGGACAGAUUAUAGUCACUGCAUUUCGUAAAAUAAGAACUUAAGCUGUAUAUAUGUGCCUGUGUUAUUUUUAUGUGCUUCUUUAAAAGUCAUAACAGGGCCUUUGCCAUGUAUACUGCAUGGUUUAUUUGUUGACAUGGCAAUGCGUAAAAAAUUGCCAAGCAUUUUAAUACAUAUUUUUUUUAAAUAUGUGGAAAAGUGUAAACCCAUACUGGGAAUACCAAUUCUUGCAUAAAAAAUAUCAGCACACCCACCUCAUUGCUUUAUUGUAAGUACAAUAUCUGUUUAAUGAAUUAACCUAGAGUGGACCCAGCUGCCACAAUUUGAUCAUGAAUAUUGUGGAUGUGCAGUAUUUUGUGUUGGGUGGCAGAGAGAAAAGGGCAAAGGAGAGGAUGCGAUUUCAUAUGCCAGCAGCAGUGGAAUGUUUAACAUCGUCUUAGCUCAGUUUGUUGUUAUUGCAAAAAUAAAUCUGUGACAGCAAUGCAACAUUUUUUAGACAACAUUUUAAUGUUGCUCAACAUGGUUGGGUACCAUUUGGGAGUACCAUAUUGGUUUAGCUGAAGAAAUCUCAAGGCAGUAUUCGUGUGCUGAAUGUGAAGCACUGACAUCAGAGAGCAACACACACGCUCGAGAACUUGCAGCAAGAACAAAGAAUUUGAUCAUAGUCCUCGACUCUUACACAGUUUCAUAUUUUAGGGUGAAUUUAAGAAGUUUACAUCAAAUAUUUGAUGAUAUGUAAUUUCAUCUUUACAAAUUGGAAAUUUAUCAGAAACCUAACCCCAGAGACAAGUAAGCACAAGGUACUUUUUGCACUGCCAUGGUCAAUUCACUAAGCAAAAGCCCUGUUUUCUUGAAUAAUUUGUUCAUUAUGCCAAACCCCGUUUUCAUCUUUAGAGGCUUUGUGAACAAACAGAAAGUGAAGUUCUGAUCUCCAGUACAUCUACAUCUACAUGACUACUCUGCAAUUCACAUGUAAGUGCCUGGUAGAGGAUUCUUUGAACCACCUUCAGACUUUUUCUCUACUGUUUCACUCUCCAACAGCAUGGGGAAAAAUCAAUACUUAAAUCUUUCUGUACAAGCUCUGAUUUCUCUUAUUUUAUUAUGAUUAUCAUUUCUCCUGAUGUAGGCUGGAUAAAAUACAUUAUUUUUGCUUUUA